AUGCCUUCCGCUGUGAACAAGAACGGCCCAACCUACGUCCCCCAGCCCGCCCAAACCGGCAAGGCCAGUGAGCCGGACUUUAGCAUCUGCGGUCCGCUCUUUGCCGCUGCCCAAAAUGGUGAUCUCGACAGGAUCAAUGAGAUCCUCGAUAAGGAUCCCAAAAGGAUCGACGAUCAAUGCGAGAAACAUGACAAGUACACUCCGGUGAUCGUGGCCGCCGUCUCUGGCAAGCUCGAAGCCGUGCAGUUGCUUUGCAAGCGCGGAGCAAAUGUCAAUCUCCGGGACAGUAACAGCUACACUAUUAUCAAACUUACCCUGGACAAAGGGUAUGAAGAUAUUGCCAAUUGGCUUGUCGACGCCUACCCGGACAUGAUCAUCACUGAUCCCCGUCUGCCCAAGGGAGCAGAAUGGCUGAAGGCUCAGUUCGCGAAGAUAUCGAACAACAUCAAGGAUGAGGCCAGCAAGCCGCCCAAAUCAGUGCUGGAGCAGCUUCUCUCGGGAAACCUGAAACCGGAUACUGAUCGUACCGUUUCGGAGGUCUACUGGGAACAUAUCCUCCUUCGGUAUAUCGGUGACAUCCCGAAGGAUAUUGAACGGAACUACUCCAAGAAACUGAAGAUGGCGUUCUGUGGAACGUUUGAUCGUACCCUGCAGGGUCAUGAAGGUAUCAAGGAGUCUGCUAGACUGUUGAAUAGUGUCUUGCCUACCACUCAGUACAAUAUCACUGGUACUCAUGUUGCUCCGAAGGGUCAAUGGGUGACCGAGCGUUGGGAGUAUCAUGAUUAUGACAACAAUCUGCAGGUUCUGGAUGGUGUUGAUACUUUCUUGAUUAAUGAGGAGAAGGGCAAGAUUGAGGUCAUGUUGAUCAAUUAUAAUGUCUACGAAUUGAAGUGGAUUGAUGAUCCAGAACGUCCUGUCAAGAAGACCCAUAACUGGACGCCAGUUUGA